UUAGAUAAUUAUUUUGGUUGUGAAACUUCUCUCUCUCUCAUCGUUAGGCGACCAGAAACUUCCCAAGGGGAAAAAAAUAUUCAAUCCAAAUUUUGAUCAAAAAUCUUCCAAUCUAAGGAAAUCAAUCUUGUUUUUCUUCUCAUAAUCAUCAAUUACCUCUAGAUCUUUGUUAAAUCGAGAGUAUAGUUUUGGAAAGGAUUAGUUCUGAAUCUCUUCAGCAGACUCAGCAACAAGAAACAGAAGGAGGCUUGGAAAAAAUCAACAGCUGAAGAAAAUAGAGAAGAAUCUUCAAAAAUCAAAAGGCGCAUGAAGAUCCUCCAUUGGAAUUGCCAAGGUUUAGGGAGCCCUUUGACAAUCCCGCACCUACAAGAUAUCAGGAAAGUAUACAAGCCUGAAAUAAUAAUUCUCAUUGAAACUAAGCAUGCUGAUAACUUUGUGCAGAAAGUGGUUAAAGAUCUUGGGUAUGAGAAUUCUUUUGUUGUGUCUGCCAAAGGUAGUAGUGGCGGGUUAGUCAUCAUGUGGAACAAAGUGGUUAAGGUUAACUUCUUUGGUAACCCUUCUCUUAAUAACACAGAUAUGUAUAUAGAAGAUGGUAGCAAUGUUUUCUGUUUGACUUAUAUAUAUGGGCAUCCAGUUAUGAAGAAUAGACAUGAGAUGUGGGAAAGAUUAAUUUGUAAUGCAGCUGUAGGUUUAUACCAGAAUCGACCAAGACUGAUGCUUGGAGACUUCAAUGACAUCAAGGAUAACAAUACAGAGGCUGAGCUAAGCUUGCAGUACCGUUUAGAAGAGGAAUACUGGAGAACGAAGAGCAGAAUCCAGUGGCUUCAAGCAGGUGACCGCAAUACCAGGUUCUUUCACUCAAAAACCAAGCAAAGAAGAAGUUACAACAGGAUCAUUCACAUCUCUGAUGAAGAAGGUAAAAUAUACACAGAGAUUAAGGAUGUUCAUUUUCAAAUUCAGAAAUAUUUUCAGGACCUAUAUAGAAGUGAAGGAAUCAGUAUCAGUCAACACCUGCUAAAUGGAAUUCCAACCACCAUUACAGCUGAGAUCAACGACAAGUUAACCCAAGAAGUUACAGACAAGGAGAUAGAGGAUGCUGCUCACACUAUCAAUCCCGACAAAUCACCAGGGCCGGAUGGAAUGAAUGCAGGAUUCUUCAGACAUCAUUGGGAAACCAUUAAACAAGUAAUGAAGCAGAUGGGCUUCUGCGAAACUUGGUGCAAAUGGAUCCACACAUGCGUGUCAACUGUUACAUUUUCAGUUCUUGUGAACGGAGAGCCCUCAAAGCCCAUCACGCCAACUAGAGGAAUAAGACAAGUAUUUUGUAGAGCAACAGAGGAAGAAUGCCAGACCCUAAUGAACACGCUUAGAGAGUACCAGAGAGCCUCAGGACAAGCUGUCAAUUUUAACAAAUCUGCUAUAACUUUUGCCAAAGGCUCCUAUCUAUAACACGUCAAGUUAUGCAUGGCGGAGCAUACUGCAAUCAAGAGUAAUCCUCCAGGAAGGAAUCAAAUGGAUAGUGGGAGAUGGAAAGAAAAUAAGAGUGUGGGAAGAUAGAUGGCUCCACUCUCAGCCAGCCACUCCAGCUCAAGGAGAUGGUCAAAGUUCCUUCCCGCAUAUUGAAGUUCAAGACUUGAUGCUUCAAGGAGUAAGAGAAUGGAAUGUGCAGUUGGUUAAUAGCAUAAUGGGGCAGAAAGAUGCAAGAUAUAUUCUGAACAUAAGAUUAAGUUCAACAAUGAGUCAGGAUACUCCAGUUUGGAACUAUACAAGUACAGGUGAGUAUAGUGUUAAGUCAGGUUACCAUCUAUGCAAUCAGUUAUCCACUAUUCAAAGACCAGGGCAGAAGGAGAACAGGGAACUAACGGUUGACUUAAAAAAAUGUUGUUCCAGUAUAUGGUCAUUGUCCAUAUCGCCAAAGAUUAAAACCUUCUGGUGGAGAAUAAUGCAUGAUGGGCUUCCUGUGGCUGAGAAUUUGAGAAAAAGAAACAUAAAAAUAGACCAUGCUUGUCAAACUUGUGGAGAGCAUCCUGAAACUCAAGAUCACAUGCUUUUUCAGUGCAGGGUGGCAAAGGAAAUAUGGGCGUUGGCUCCUACAAGAUUUGGCAACGAAGAAGAAGUGCAGCCCCAAUCUCAUCAAAAUGUAAGGGUGCUUAUUUCGUUGGCUAAAAGAGAUAAAAGAGAGCUCCUUAGCUUUUAUAUAGGAUGGAGAUUGUGGAAGAUGCGAAACAACCUAGUAUUUCAACGGAAGCGGGAGCACAUUGUUAAAGUGAUCUACGAUGCGGUGAGAUACUUUGAACAAUGGGAAGAAGCGAACAUUAAAUUCAAUCAGGAAGAAGGUGAGAAGAUGAGAAGAAAAGGACAAAAUCCCCAAGAUCAAGAGACCGUACCACCAUGUACCCAAUAUUUUUGUUGCGUUGAUGCCUCUUGGAAGGAUGAUAAGGAGGUUGCAGGAGUUGGUUGGUCCUUACACGGUAUACAAGGCAAUCAACUAAUACAACGCUCCUCAUCUACAAACCCGACAAAUACUCCGAGAGAAGCAGAAACGGAAGCGUUACGCAUGGCUGUACGACAAAUGCGAGCAUUAGCAACCAUCGUAAAGGUCCGUAACACAGAGAGUAUCUCUAUGGUACAGGACAUUGUAGAUACUUCAAAAACAAAUGGAUUUACCUUUACUUAUGUACCUAGAAGUAGUGUGAUGUUGGUAGAUGAAUUAGCCAAAAAAGCUAGAUGUAACAACCAAAACUAUGUAAUCACUUGGUUUUAAUAUAUAUAUAUAAAUAGGUUGACAAAAAAAAAAAAAAAAAGAUAAUUAUUUUGGUUUACAAAAUGUUCAAUCGAAAUCGAACCAAACAAAACUCUCA